AUGGAACUCUCUUUGGACGAAAAAAAGGGUCCUUUAAUCCCUGAAUCACCCCAAGAGUUAGCGAUAAGCACCCUCAUCAAACCACAGGCUCGCGAGACUUACGAUGUGAAUGUCACAUUUGAGGAGUAUCAUUACUAUUCCAAGAAGACAAGGGAAGAGGAAGAGUAUCUAGAGCCUCCAGUGCUCAAUGUGCGACAGUUGUUCAAAGGGAAAAAAAGUGAAGAACCGAUUACAACACUGACACAGAAAGACUUUUCAACUCGAGAGCGAAGACUUGCGAUAACAGACGAGGAAUGGGCAAAUGCAACCCGUUCGCUUAGGUCUGCCUCAUGGGGUGCCUGUUUCUAUUUGAUUACAACUGAUAUUCUAGGCCCCUAUGGCUCGGGCUUUGCGAUGGGCACAUUGGGUUGGGGACCAGGUAUUGCAUUUUAUACUGUCUUUGGAUUCAUGGCUGGAUACUCUGGAUAUCUCAUCUGGCGCGUCUUUCUUGGCGUGGACAGCUACGAGUUCCCAGCCAAGAACUAUGGCGAUCUCGGAUUCAGGACGCUUGGUCGGUGGGGUCGCCAUUUUACAAAUGUCUGUCAGGCGAUUUCGCUACUCUUACUCGUGGGCCAGGUCACAAUCGAAUUUGGCCAAAAUAUCUCUCAGAUGUCGAAGUUCCGGCUGUGCUAUGUUGUUUGUCCAGUUAUAUUUGCUUGCGCUGGCUUCUUGAUUUCACAGAUCAGGACUCUCAAAGCGUAUGGCUGGGUUGCAAAUCUCGCAGUGUGGAUGAACCUCUUUGUCAUCUUCAUGACUAUGGGUGUUAUGUCUGUGUCUCCACCCAACUACAAAAUAUCCACACUUGGGUCUGCUGGCAGUGCGGUUGACAGAAAAACGAUCACACCGGACAGUGAUGGUAACUACCCGCCGAUCAUCCAUUACAGCAAUGUCCCUCAAAAUGGGCUUAUUGGUUCCGUUAAUGGUAUGCUUUCGGGUGUGUUGGCAUAUGCAGGUGCACAGCUGUUUGUUGAAUUCAUGGCCGAGAUGCGGCGACCUCGAGACUUCAUCAAGGCUAUGUGGGGAGCCCAAUUUUUUAUCUACAGCGUCUAUCUCACCCACGGCUGCGUCGUGUAUUAUCUUCAAGGACAGUACAGCUAUAGCCCGAGUUAUCAAGGCAUUAGCAUAUACGCAUGGCAGACUGUCGGGAACAUCCUUUCUUUGCUCUCCGCUCUCAUCUGCGCAGGCCUUUACGGAAACAUUGGAGUCAAGAUUGUCUACAACAAUAUAUUGAUGGAUAUCUUCAGUCUACCUCCUCUGACUACUCGAGUCGGAAAAAUCGUCUAUGCUUCUCUCGUCCCUGUUUGGUGGACGAUUGCAUUUAUUAUCGCCGCGGCCAUUCCAGAUUAUUUCGGCUUCGUGAGCAUAAUUUCUGCCUCCAUGCUUUUGAACCUGACAUUUACCAUGCCUCCGUUGUUUGCCCUUGCAUUUGACAUCCAGAAGAAUGCCAUUCGAACAGAAGUUGGUGAAGCGUUCAACCCAAUAACAGGAGAGGUGCUUCGGACCGAAACAACGACAGCAAGAUGGAUCCGCGGUUUCUGCUCUGGGGGCCCCUUUCAAGUCGCAAUCAAUAUUUGGCAUGUUGUUUUAUGCUUAGCGACACUCUCGAUGUGUGGGCUAGGUAUGUGGGCAGCCAUUGUUGGAAUGAUUGAUGCAUUCAAAAUCCCGCAACUUACCUCAUUCUCCUGUGUCUCGCCCCUCAAUCUGAAUGCUUAA